AUGUUCGAGUCGCUGCUCUCGGAAAAGUUCAGCCAUGGAUUUGACAUCGUCUUGGGCCUCGCACUGCUGCUGUCGUCCCUCUUCACCAUCAUUCUGCUGACCCUGCCAUCUCAGUAUGAUCCGUACAUGGACAGGCCGCGUAAGGUGGUCGAUGAAGAGGGCAAGGAGGUCAAGGUGAAUGGAAAGGAUGGAAGGGAUCCAUUGGACUUCAAGCAAGGCAGAACGGCCCAGAUUGUCGUCCUGGGAGACAUUGGACGCUCACCCCGCAUGCAAUACCAUGCUCUGAGCAUUGCCAAACACGGCGGCAGGGUGUUUCUGAUCGGCUAUCAGGAGUCAGAGAUACACCCGGAUAUCGUGUCCAGCCCGUUGAUCGAGGUCGUGCCACUGGUGCCAGCACCUUCAUUUCUUCGUUCCAGCAGCAAGCUGCUGUUUCCUAUCCUGGCCCCUCUGAAAGUCCUUUGGCAAGUCAGAAGCCUUUACCGCGCUCUCUGCUACCGCUCGCAACCUGGACGAUGGAUGCUCGUACAGAACCCUCCCUCGAUACCCACUCUCGCUGUAGCAAGUCUUGUCUGCCUCAUUCGCAACACCGAACUCGUCAUUGACUGGCACAACUUUGGCUACUCAAUACUGGCACUCAAGCUCGGCAAUAGUCAUCCACUUGUAAAGAUUUCUGCUCUGUAUGAGAGAGUAUUCGCGAAGGCUGCAAAGCAUCACUUCACCGUCACUCACGCCAUGGCCCGCGUACUAAAAGACUCGUAUGGCGUGACAGCACAAGCGCUUCACGACCGUCCAGGUCCAAUGUUCCGCCCCAUCGACUCCCAAGAGCGAUCCGAGUUCCUUUCCCGCCUCCCAGAGACCGCACAAUACGCCGAGGACCUUACCGCAUCGACCAAAACACCCUGGAAGCUGAUAGUCAGCUCAACAUCCUGGACUGCAGACGAGGACUUCUCUCUCCUCCUCGAAGCACUGUGCACCUACUCCGCGCAAGUGGCUGCGAAAACCAAUCUACCCAACAUCUUAGCCAUCAUCACCGGCAAGGGACCACAGAAGGAACACUACCUCUCCAAGAUCCGCGCCCUGAACCAGGAAAAGAAGCUACUAAACGUCGUCAUACAAACCGCCUGGCUCACAACCUCAGACUACGCCAUGCUCCUCGCCGCCGCCGACCUGGGCGUCUCGCUCCACACGUCCUCCUCCGGCGUCGAUCUACCCAUGAAGGUCGUCGACAUGUUCGGCGCGGGCCUACCAGUCGUAGGCUGGGGCAAGUUCGAAGCCUGGCCCGAGCUAGUCCAGGAGAACGUCAAUGGCAAAGGGUUCGAGAGCUCGCAGCAGCUGGCCGACCAGCUUCUGGCUUUGUUCGGCGACCAGGCCGGGCUGCUGCAGACGCUGAAGCAGGGCGCGCGCAGGGAGAGCGAGAACAGGUGGGACGGCGAGUGGGAUCGCGUUGGCGGGAAGCUGUUCAGGUUGGUGGACUGA